AUGAAUCAGAUUACAACAUUGUUCGUGCUGGUGGUAGUUUUGCUGUGUGGCAGCAAACUAGAAGCAAAAAUUUUCGAAAGAUGUGAACUUGCAAGAGCUUUGAAAUAUAACUACCACAUUCCUGCUCAUCAGCUGGCGACCUGGGUGUGCAUAGCAAACUACGAAUCGCACUUCAAUACUGGUGCUAUUAACACUCAGUCUGGGGACCACGGAAUAUUUCAGAUUAGUCAAAUCUACUGGUGUUCAAAUAGCAACUCGCCUGGAAAGGGUUGUAACAGUGUGUGUUCAAGAUACAGGGAUGAUGAUAUACGAGAUGAUGUGGCCUGUAUUAAGAAGGUUUUCGCUGAACAUCAAAGACUGUUUGGAAAUGGUUUCCACGCAUGGACAACGGUGUUUUUAAGUAAUGUAAUUUAA